UAUGCAAAAGAAACAUUAUAAACCCGAACAAGUAGGAAGAGAGCUAAUCGUACAUUGUAGGCCUUUAGCAUCUAGCGUCUACCAAAUUCAACUAGCAAACAUUGGUUUUGCAUGAGGCCGAAUUUUUCUGCGACUACCCAAGGGUUGUAUAUUAAAACCGCGAGGAUCUAUGAGGCUCAGAUUGAUAGGUGAAAAAGAAAGCCUUGUGUUUAAGCAGAAUCUGAAGAUUACCCGAUUCGGGAAAUCGGGCCGGAUUGAAGAAGCCAUUAAAGUUUUCUCACAGAUGCCACUAAAGAAUGUUGUUAGCUACAACUCCAUGAUAUCUGCUUAUUGCAAGAAUGGCAGAACGAGUGACGCACGCCGAUUGUUCGAUGAAAUGUCUCAUAGAAACUUGAUUUCAUGGAACUCUAUGAUAGCCGGUUAUUUGCAUAGUGGUAAUGUUGAAGAAGCCUCUGAGCUAUUUGAUAAAAUGCCUAAAAGAGACCUCUUUUCCUGGUCUUUAAUGAUAACUUGCCAUACACGUAAUAAGGAGCUUGAAAAGGCCAGAAAAUUGUUUGAUUUGCUUCCUGAUAAGCGAGACACAGUUUGUUGGAAUGCUAUGAUUGCUGGUUACGCGAAGAACAGGCAGUUUGAUGACGCCAAGAAAUUGCUUGAUGAAAUGCCAGUCAGAAAUUUAGUUUCAUGGAAUUCAAUGCUAGCUGGCUAUACCCAGAAUGCAGAGAUGCAUUUGGCGUUGCGGUUUUUUGAGGAAAUGGAUGAGAAGAAUGUGGUUUCAUGGAAUUUGAUUUUGGAUGGGUUUGUUCAGGUGGGUGAUUUGAACUCUGCUUGGCAGUUGUUUGAAAAGAUUCCAGACCCAAAUAUGGUUUCAUGGGUUACAAUGCUCUGUGGGUUUGCACGAAAUGGUAAGCUUGUUGAGGCUAGGAGACUUUUUGAUCAGAUGCCAUGUAGAAAUGUCGUCUCUUGGAAUGCAAUGAUUGCAGCAUAUGUUCAAAACUGCCAAAUUGAUGAGGCUACUAAGCUAUUUAAGGUAAUGCCAGAGAGGGAUUCUGUGUCAUGGACUACAAUGGUUAAUGGGUUUGUUCGUGUUGGUAAGAUUGGUGAAGCAAGGGAAUAUCUUGACCGAAUGCCUUACAAAAACAUAGCAGCCCAAACCGCAAUGAUCUCUGGAUAUGUACAAAAUAGAAUGAUAGCUGAAGCUAGUCAAAUAUUCAGUCAGAUUGACACCUGUGAUACUGUUUGCUGGAACACGAUGAUUAAAGGCUAUGUUCAGUGUGGGAGAAUGGAUGAUGCUGUGUGUAUUUUUAGAAAAAUGGAUAAUAAGGACAUGGUUUCAUGGAACAUUAUGAUUGUUGGUUAUGCUCAAGUUGGACAAAUGGAUGAAGCGUUUAACAUAUUCAAGGAGAUGGGUGAAAGGAAUAUUGUUUCUUGGAAUUCUCUGAUUACAGGUUUCACCCAAAAUGGGUUAUAUUUGGAUGCACUAAAGAGUUACAUGUUGAUGGAGAAGGAAGGAAUAAGAUCGGAUCAAUCAACUUUUGCAUGUGGACUAAGUGCAUGUGCCAAUCUUGCAGCUUUGCAAGUUGGGAAGCAACUUCACAAUAUGAUUGUAAAAAAUGGUUUUGUGAAUGAUUUAUUUGUCAGUAAUGCUCUGAUCACCAUGUAUGCUAAAAGCGGAAGGAUCUUUGCUGCUGAGAUUUUCUUCAGAGAUAUGAAUUUUGUUGACAUUGUUUCUUGGAAUUCCUUGAUAGCUGGGUUUGCUUUGAAUGGGUAUGGCCAAAAGGCUGUCAAGCUGUUUCAAGAGAUGCUGGUUAAUGGACCAGUUCCUGACCAAGCCACCUUUGUUGGAGUGUUGUCUGCGUGUAGUCAUGCUGGCCUCAUCGAUUGUGGUUUGGAAUUGUUCAAAAGCAUGACUGAAGUAUACGGUGUUGAACCUUUAUCUGAGCACUACGCAUGUGUGGUAGACUUGCUUGGCCGAGCAGGAAGACUAGAAGAGGCCUUUAACUUGGUGAGAGGAAUGAAGAUCAAUGCCAAUUCUGGAAUAUGGGGUUCACUCCUAGGAGCUUCCCGGGUACUCCAUAAUCUAGAACUUGGUAGACUUGCUGCUGAGAAGCUCUUAGAACUUGAACCUUAUAAAACUUCAAAUUAUGUGCUCUUGUCACAUAUGCAUGCUGAGGCUGGUCGUUGGGAGGAGGUUGAGAGAGUCAGGCUAUCAAUGAAAAAGAGUAGAGCAGAGAAGCAUACAGGCUGCAGCUGGAUAGAAAUCAGAAAUCAAAUACUUGCUUUUGUAACGGAUAAUCAAGUGCAGCCUAGGACAGCAGAGAUAUGUAAUACAUUAAAGGGUUUAACAGCAGUUAUGAGAAACCCAGGUGCCUUAUCUGAUUUCAGAUAUUGACUCGACAUUUUUGGUUGAAAUGACUGUAGCAUCGACUGACACAUUUUUCCAACAUGAGUAUUAGAGCAAUGAUGGCAUCCUGUACAUUAUGGGAUAUAUGCAAUCUUUUUCUUGUA